ACUGCAUUGAAGAAGAAGAAUUAGUGUUAUCAGUUAACACCAGUGAAACCGAAACACCGGCAGCUGACAGAAAUGCACUCUUAAAACUGUUUUCUUUCGUAUCUAUAGUCUCAUUCUGGUCCUCGUAAACUGGCUGGGGUUAUCACCGACUCUUAACACCGACAGGAAGUUGUGCAGCAGCUAAACUAGCUUUCUGUUAGCUGGUUAGCUCGAGACUUAGCAGCCUGGCUGACUCCUGCAGCUGACAUUAGGUUUGUACAUUUCAAGUAUAAAAGCAGCUUUAAUUUUUUAUUUAGCAACAUGAAACAGAUUCUGUGUUGUUUACGCGCCUAGAAACGAGAUAAUAAGAGUGUGUGUGCUUUUCUUGAGGCCACAGUUCAGCGGUGUGAGCUACAGCUGCAAGUUAAGCAGCAACCUUACUCGGAACCUUGUAAUGAAAUAUCACAAUUUUAGGUUAUGCUCUUCAUAUUCAUAUAUAAAAAAUUCUGGACAAUAAGUCACUAUAUGGACUUAGUCAGCAAUGUAUUAGAUAUAAUUCGGCAUUGUAAUGCUGUGACUAUUAUUGAUCAUUUUACUGAAAUCUCUGUGUUGCUAAUACGUUUUGUCGAGGCAGCGCAUUUGCGAAGCUCUUUAUGAAAUGCCACAAUUUCAGGAUAUGCUCUUCAUAUUUAUAUAUAUAUAAAAUUCUAGAUAAUUAUUCAUUCUAUGGGCAAAGUCAGAAAUGUAUUGGGUAUAAUUCGGUAUUGAAAUGCUCUGACUGUUAUUGAUCAGUUUACCAAAAUCUCCAUGUUAAUUGCCAAUACGCUUUGCCGAGGCAGCGUUUUAGCUGAGCUCUUGAAGAAAUUCUACAAUUUUAGGUCAUGCUCUUUAUUUUUAUAUAUAAAUUCACUCUAGACAAUUAAUCAGUAUAUGGACUAAGUCAGCAAUGUAUUAGGUAUAAUUCGGCAUUGAAAUGGUUUGACUUUUAUUGAUCAGUUUACUGAAAUCUCCAUGUUUAUUGCUAAUACGUUUUGUCGAGGCAGCAUUUCAGCUGUGCUCUUUAUGAAAUGUCACGAUUUUAGGUUAUGCUCUUCAUAUUUAUAUAUAAAAAUCUCUUGACCUUUAAUAACUAUAUGGAUUGACUCAACUAUAUAUUAGGUAUAAUUCGGCAUUAAAAAGGUUGGACUAUUAUUGAUCAGUUUACUGAAAUCUCCAUGUUUAUUGCUAAUAUGCUUUGUCGAGGCAGCGCUUUAGCGGAUCUCUUUAUGAAAUGUCACUAUUUUAGGUUAUGCUCUUCAUAUUUAUAUAUAAAACACUCCAGACAAAUAAUCGCUAUAAGGACUGUAUUAGGUAUAAUUCGGCAUUGAAAUGGUUUGACUAUUAUAGAUCAGUUUACUGAAAUCUCCAUAUUUAUUGCGAUUGUAUUCCACUUGUCGAGGCAGCGUUUUACCUGGUAAAUUUAAAGCAGAGAAAGACAGAGAAUCUUCAUUUUUUAGACAAGUGAAGCCUUUGUUAUUAAAACCUUAAUUACUGUGACAUUUUCUCGUGAUUUUUCACUAAAUUAAAUGUUACAGACUUAAAAAAUGUCAUGCUUGUUAAUGAUGACAAAAUGGUUCUGAGUGUUUGAGUUCAAACUUUAGAGAUCCGUAUCUUAAAUAUGAUGUUUGGUUUGGUGUCCCUGUUGGACUGUCUCAGCAGAUGUCAAAUGUUUGUUUUGUAAAUAAUGGUAUUUCUGUUUUCCUGUUUUCAGCAUGGCGUCUUCCUUCAAAAUCCCAAAGAAGAAACAGUCGGCAGGUUCGGACUCUGCCCCCCUGUUCAUGCAUUCACCUUUGUCCCGUCUCCAGAACCCUGCCUAUCAAAUCAAGGUUGUUUUCCUGGUUAAAUCACACACACACUGAGAAAGUGAUCAUGUUUAGUCCCUGACAGAGAAUGUCCUGACUGAUUGAAGGAGGCACAGCUGCUCUCAAUCAGCCAGUACUGACAUGAUCACACCAUCUUUUUUCUUAUAGGUGAUGUUUGUAUCCAAGGGAAACAAAAACAGAUUUAAGAUGUUUGUUAUUAAAAAAGCUGUUUCAGUCUGCAUCCUCAGUUUUUAAAUGUCAGUUCCUUCUGAACAGAAUCACGGGGAUCAGUCAAACCAAGGUGGAGCUUACAGAGCACCCAAAACCCAAGAGAGCAGUUUAAGGUUUGUUAAGCGCCUCCUACAGACUAAAGAGUUCUUUUAUAUCAUUAAAUAAAUCCGAUCUAGAAAGGGUCUUACUGGUGUUGUCUCUUUGUCAGAAAUCCACGUGAGCAAUCCUUCAGGGAGGUCGUCAAAAUAAUGCUGGGAAUCAACAAUCCAGACAGAGGAUCCUCAACAGCCAAUCAGAAAGCAACGCAGAGCGGGGGCAGCAAAUCACAGCCUGGACAAGGAGCAGGGUCGUCUUCUGCUGGUUUAACAAACGGGUGAGUUUAACUCUGACUCUGUUUUAUGUCGUACACACAGCAGUCAAAGUCAAAACAGAAAAGUCACAGAAAAAGGAUCAAAUACGUAAAAGCUGUUUGUUUUUUCAAAAGAAUGAAAACUUUUGCAGACAGAAACUAAAACUAAACUUAAAGACUGAUCAGUUAAAUAAAUAAACUCAACCUGCUGAUCAUUUGGUACAAAGAUUUAGUGUUUUAACAGCUGUGAGAAGAUGUAAUUGGAGCUCUUAUUGAACACAGUUAAGUGCUCCUCCGUGUUUUCUCCACUAGGUGGCGUCCUAAGAGAGCGUCAGACCGUCUGCUUGAGCCUGCUGACACCUCAGAUCCUCUGUCCCCACCAGAGAAGAAGAAAAGUGACUCCAGAGGUGAAAGUUUUGAUAUGUUUAGAGUUUAGUCAUGAAGUUGUGUUGUGAUUCUGAAUUUUAGUGAAUACACAUAAAAAAGAUGAAGUUUCGACCCUUACAAGUAUUUACCGUCUCAGUGUUGAAAUAUCGAUCUACUCUUUUUAUCCUCCAGCUUCACCUCCUCCGUCUAAACGCAUCUCUGUGAAGUCUGUGGACUCUUUGGCACAGCUGCGAGCACAGAGGCCUGCUGGGAGUUUGAGUUCUCUGCCAUGGAAGAGAGGGGAGAUGAGUGGAGACUCUGCUGAGAGAAAGGUAGAGGUCAGAGGUCGUUAAUCUGAUCAGGAUUGAACGUUUCGGUUUUGUUAUUGGUCAGACAUCAGAUGAUUGACAGCUCUCUCCUCCUCCCGUUUGUUUUGAAUGUUUGUUUCAGAGCGACUCUUCAGAGAGAAACUCCUCCGAGGACGAUUUUCUGUCUCCGUCCAGAGUCAAACUCUCGGCUGAAAAGCCUCAGCGCAAAGAUCCAGUCAGACCCUCCAUCUCCACCAGUACGUCGGGUCUGGACCGGACGCCGGGGCCCACUGGCGGUGGCAGCACCCAGCUGAAAGACCUGAGGGAGAGGGAGAGGAUGAAGUGGCUCGAGUUCAGAGACAGGAAGAGGACGAGCAGAACGAGCAUCCUGCUGCCUCGACAGAAGAAAGAGAAAAAACAGAAUCCGACAGAACCGAGUGAGAAAAACUGACGUUUAAAGAGACAGAGGAACUGUCAGGAUUUUCAGCUUUUAGACCUAUGUUUAGUCUUUUUAUUCCUGGAAAUGUGAAUUAAAAUUUAGUGGUUGUGGAUGAAUGGAAAAAAAGUAAUUUAUUUAGUGAUUAUCUCUGAGGCUCCUGAGUGAUUUUAUAUCUGUGAGAACAGGUUUAAAAGAUGUUUUAUAUUUUUCCUCAGUUGUGCUGUCGAGUGAAGAUGAAGGGGAGGCAGAGGACGAAGGAAACGGAGAUCAGAGGACGCCACAGAGCAGCAGAGACGCGGCGGAGUCUCGUCUGGCGAACUCUGAGCAGAAACAGAAAGAGAAAAAGGUGAGGGGGAGUCACUUGAGUGCAGCGUGUUCUCUGUCUGACCUGGUUCUGGGCUGUUCUGCAGGUUUCAGGUCGAAGUGGGUUACGCAGGUGUAGUUUGGAUGUUCUCAGGUCUGUAAACAGUCUGAACAGGCUGCAGACUGUUUGUUAUUGUUGAUGUUGGAGCAGCUGCAGAUUUAAACCGAACCAGCUUCGUCCUGUUGGUACAUUUAGACAAAAGUUUGAUUUAAGCAGCUUUUAUUUUGAAAAGAUAAAAAUCACAUUCACACUGUCGUCUCAGUGCUGCUAAGGUGGCGGCGCAGCGGGGAGGUUAAUGGAGGGCACUGGAAACACGGUUCUGUUGAGGUUUGAGUUUAUCCAUACUGCUGCGUCAUCGUCUCCCAGGACCAUGACAUAAUGUUGGUGCAAAAACAAUCAUCAAAAGUCGAUUUAAAGUUUUUAUUUUUACAUCUCAGCAGGACGGAGGCGAGUUCGCUCAGGAUAUUAGGAUGUGUUCAAGGUCGAGGUUUGCUUUAUUUCCUUACUGUGUCCCUGCUUGUUGCCUGACAGGUUCAUCAGGCUUCUUCUUCCAGAGGACAAACUGACGAGUCCCCGCCUCCUUCCUUCCUGCAGCUGGAGUUCAGCUCGCUGCACGCCGGCCUGACGCACGCACACGCCAACGGGGAGCUGCUGGUGAGUCCGGACCGUCUCUCAAACCCGGACUCUGAUUCGGUUUAUAAACAUGAGAAAAACAAAACAAAGACUCCUCUGUGGGUGUUUAUUAUUCAUGUGUGUAGGUUGCGUACACACACGUGUGCGCUGUUUGACGCGUGUGUGUCGACUCUGUCUAAACUCUGUCAGCGGCGGUGUGUUCACUGUCAGUCGGCUGCUGUGGGAAUUUGAAGGGUUCCUGGACAACUUUUAAACUUUUACUGAGCUUCUCUUUUUCCGUGUCCUUUUCCAGCCCUCACACACACACACACACACACACACACACACACACGUAUAUUUAUACUGCAUGUAAACAGUAGACUAAUUACAUUGACCCAUAUCUGUUUGUUUGUUUCUCUCACUGAACUUUAAACGCUCACAUGUGUUUUCCAGAGGACCUGGAGCGCUCCGGUUCACCUCUGUUUAUUUUAUUGUUAGUGUGUGUUUGUGUACACUGCAUACAUUACUUGUGUGUGUGUGUGUGUGUGUGUAUUGUGUGUGUGUGUGUUCACAUCAUAGGAAAAAAAAAAAAGAAAAUUGUGAACAGGAGCCGACUUUGACCCAAAACUUUGGAUGGCCUCGGGUUUGGAAAACACCUGAACUCACUCGAGCAUCAUCACACUGAAGCGUCGUCACGGUAACGGCCCCAGAGAGCCCUCUCACCCCCCUCCUUCUGCGGAGUCAGAGGUUUUUUUUUUUGCGAGCGUUUUACGGCCUUAAGUAAAAAAGCAAUCGUCCCGCGGAGGCUGUUAACGGCGCAGGUUUCAGUCGUGUAGGAGUGUUUAAGACGCAGCGUGCGGUCUGAUGGCGCAGCGCCGCCUCCAAUUAGAGCGCCGUAAAAAAGCAGGAGGAGGUUAGUGGGUCAGCAUGUCGCCAAACCGCACAGAGAGAAGCUGACAGAGUCCACAAACAGGAAGACGGGUGUUUAUUUGUGAGUGUUUAGGUUUAACUCACGACAGACGCCAGAGGGUGAAGACGAGAUUUUCGCCUCAUCAUCCCUUUACUGCCAUCGUUCGUUUUCUGUCUGUGGGGUUAAAACUGAGAAACCAUUGAAUAAUUUACAUUUUAACGGAGUUUAUCUCUUUAAACUAUCUAAUUUUUCACUAAAAUGUCAUGUUGUAUCUCGUUUUUCUGUGCAGAUCACUGAAAACUGCAUCAUUCUCCCUCUGAAAGGUAACAACAACUUUAUUUUUGAGUUCUUGAUAUUUUUAUUUCAACAUGUCGAAUAAGAACUCAACAAAACGGCGGUUUAGUGGGAACACAACUUUGUGUUGCAACACGAAUGCUGUGUUCGAGUUACCUUGGAAGUCAGAUGUCGGAGCUGAAAAUGACGUCAUACCUGAGUUCCCAACGUUUCAGUUACAAAGUCGGAAAAAAAGCAAAAUCAGAGGCCUGAAACAAGAUGGCUACAUUUACGAAAGUUUCCUUAGGGCUAGCCUUGUCCUUGUUCUAUUCAGACAAGGCAAGCGCUAAAAUAACUUUCGUAGAUGUAGCCAUCUUGUUUCCGCCUCCGAUUUUGCUUUUUCUUCCGACUUGGUAACUGAAACGCGGUAACUCAUUUUUAGCCCCGACAUCUGACUUCCAAGGUAACUUAAAUGCAGCAAAAGCCCUCCUCAGUCAACUUUCAGCAGCCAAUCGGCACAGUGUCUCAUUAUCAUAGCAGCCCCGCCCACUUAGAUCACUGCAUUUAUAAUGAGGUUAGGAACUGAGGGGCUGCUGAGGCUGAAUUUGUGAUUUUUUUGCCACUGAAGCCAAAGACAGCUUGGACACAUACACAGCUGAAGAAUAUAGACACUAUUAUUUUAAGGCUUUGGGGUUUUUUCUUACGUUUGAUUGGAUAAUAUUUAAACAGAGCCAAUAAUCUUAUUUCCUAAAAAAAAAUGUAAUAUUGGAAAACAGAGUUUGGGCAUGCUAUUAAAUCUCUGUUUUUUGUCUAUGUCAGGAGAGGAGGAGGUGGAGGUCACUGUUGUGGCGUCGCAGGUUCGAGGUUAUGGUGUUUGGGACGGGGGCGUGGCCAGAGGCGGGACCUUGCUAGCUGGCUGGGAAGGUCCUGCCCCCUCGCUUCUCUUCCUGUGGGUGACGGAAUCUCAGGCCAGGCUGCUGCAGACGGAACUGUCCAUCAUCCAGACCUCCAACGGCGCACCAGGUAACGGCAGCGGCGAGUGAUGACCAGCAGGGGGCGAAAACCAGUCUGAGAAAUUGGUCCUACCUCUCUCCUUCAAAUGAGUCGAUGGUCUCAAUCAUCAUUUUUAACUCUUCAGCCUGAUGUUCAUCCUGUUUCACAACGGAGUUCACUUCAGUUUCUGUCAGAACAAGCAUCUUUUUCCACUUUUCUGCCUUAUUUCUCUCCACUUCAUGAUCACAUGCGCUAAACAAGCAGCUGUGUUUGCCCCGCACGCUCCGUUGUAUAAACAUUUAAGUAAUAUGUUGGCGGAGUCAGCGAAACUUUGUGCAACUUUCCAUUUUCACACUGUUUCCACACGGUUUAUUUUGGAGAGAGCUGGAAAAAAACACACAGAGCUCUCACUCUGGAGCGUUUUCUGUGAACCGUAAAUGUCAUCCAGAAUUAGAAAGCCGUUAGUGCCUGCAACGCGACUCCACCUAAGAUUACGAAACGUGAAAAAGUGCAGUGCCUGGAAGUACAGAUCGACUUCCAGGUAUUCUUACAGGUGAAGAGCUGUUCGUUUUUUUUUAAUCAGGAGUGACACCUCCUCUCGAAGAACACCAUCUCUGCAGCAGCGUUUACUCUGCAGAACAAAAACCAGGAUUUUCUGAAUGAAAGCUCGACUGGAGCUGUGAAGCUUCACGGAAAAUUAACUUUUGACAACUCCUGAAAGCCUCCAGCUCUGGGUGGUGACCAAACAGCCAAUCAGGCUGCUCCUCCGGCAGCUACAGCCAAUCAGGAGGAGUUUAAAAGGUGGAUGUUGUGUUCGGAUGCGUGGAUUAAUUUUGGUAAUGAAAUCAUCCAAAUGGGAAAAGAGUAAAGGCUGCCAAAGAGUCCUGAGGGUGGAAAGACGUCAGGGUUGAAGCUAGGAGAGGGGACAGAGGCACUUUGGUGUUUCUGGUUUGUUUGAACUGGGAAAACUGGUCAGAGUGGGCCAGUGAACAAGCAGAGCCCAGUCAAAUCAAAGAGGUUCUGUCCCGAUAAUUAAAAAAGCGGUAAAAGUAACCUGGUUUAUCCGUUUACUUGUUUCCUUCAGGUCCUCCAUGUUCCUUCCUCCUGCUGGUGUUGAAGGAGCAGCUGCAGGAGCUCAAGGCGGCCUUACUCGCCUCCAUCCUGGACAUGGAGGAGUACCGGAGAGGAUACUCCUCCUCUUCCUCAGGUUGUUCCUCCUCCCCGUUAGAGUGGACGGACGGGCUCUUGCUCCUCCACAGCUGUCCUCCUCCUCUGGACCAGCACCUCCUUGGUCUGCUUGGACACUCUGCAGUAAGACCCCUCUAAUAUCCGCCCUCUCCUCCUACUUUUCCGCCGUUGUUCCUUAAAAAUCCUCCCCGUCUCAUCCUCUCAGGAGAAAUCCAGUCAGACGAAAAGCAACCAGAGGAGCAACAAACUCGGACUGAACUCCUCUGUCUCCUCCAGGUGAACCCCGCAGAACCAGAUUAGACGUCUAACAGCGGCAAACCAGCAGCUUAAGCUUUAUUUGGUCAGAUGUGUCUAAUUGAACCCUGUUUCUGGCCUCCAGGUUGAUUCAAUAUCCGGCGGCGCCUUGUAAAGGCCGGAUAAGCGUGUCGAAGGAGGACCUGGCCUGUUUGGCCAGCGGAGAGUUUCUCAAUGAUGUGAUUAUCGAUUUCUACCUCAAGUAAGAACGUCUUGACUACUUUAAAUGGUUUUAGCCACAGUUUGAAGCAUCAGCAUGUAGUUUUCAGUGCUUCUGAAAAAUGUGUCACGAUAUGUAGACGACACACUUUUAUAUUUGAGUAAGUACGCUGUGAAUUUGGGGGGUUUAGGAAAAACAGAUGCUCUUUUUCAUUUGUUGGAAAAACAAAAUGCUAAAAAAAAAGUUGUGCAAGGUUUAAAAACACAAAGAAGUUCAUGGAAAUGUUGGAAAAAGAAGUAAAUAUCUGAAGACCAUGGUGUUCAUGAAAUGUUCCUCCUCCUCCUCUGCAGGUAUCUCCUCCUGGAGGGAGUCGGGGGCUCAGUUGCUGAGCGGAGUCACGUCUUUAGCAGCUUCUUCUUUAAACAGCUGAGUCGCCGAAGAGCCGCCGGAGAGGAGGACACCCCGUCGAUACCGUAAGAAGACGAAUCAGACAGAAGUGUCGAUAAAGAAUCCGUCUUUUUGGGACUUAGAAUCAGAAGUUUUGACUUGAAUUAAAGUUUUUAAUUUGCUUGUUGUUUUUGUUUGAUUGUAUGAUUGCGAUUUCCUUCCUUAUUUCCUUGGAAAUAUAAAAUGAAGAGACUAAAACCAGCUUUAACAGAGAAAAAGACUCUUGUUUUUAUCAAACUGUCUGAUCAGGUUACAGAAAGUUACAAAUUUAUUCACUGCGUUCAGUAUAAACAUGAAAUAAUCAUGAUUUAGAGCACACACCUGAUUCAAAUGAUCAGCUCGUUAGUAAGCCAGUACAGAGCUUGAUAACGAGCUGAUCAUUUGAAUCAGGUGUGUUGGAGCAGGGAAACAUCCAAAACAUGUAGGACAGGGGGCCUCGAGGACUGGACUUGAGAACCACUGAUUUAGAGGAUAUGUUUCACUCAUGCAACAGAUUUUUAUGCCUCAUCUUUUCGGUUUAAUGAUCAAAUUUUCAUUUUUUCGUAUCUUUCUUUCAGGGAUCGACGCAUGAGGCAUCACAGGGUAAAGACGUGGACUCGCCAUGUCGACAUUUUCGCCAAAGACUUCCUGUUUGUGCCUGUCAACCAAGAGUAAGAAACACUUCCAGUAAUCGAUAUGAGGAUUUUAUGAGCUGAGGUUUUCCCCUCGUUGACCGACCGAACCCGAAACCCCGUCAGAGAUGACCUCAGCUCUUUGUCCCAGAUUUAAAGACGCCACAUUGUCGUUCGGACCGCUGUUGGUCCGCCUGAAUCAAAACCCUGUAAUUCUACUUUAAUUCAGACACUUCAUCAGCGUCUCUACCUGCCAGCUGAGCAACCUCUGCUCCACCGUUUCUGACUUCUGCCGAUGACUUUAACAGAUCAGCUGCUUCUCUCUUAACUGUCAUUGUUUCACUGAGAUCCCCUUAAACACAAAUCAAGAGUUCAGUCCUUCACACUGAAGCCCAGAGGGGUUUUAAUGGAUACGAAGGAGCAGUAUUAGGAACUUUUAAGAGACAGUGACUCACACCACAAACAGGAAGGUUAACUUCAGUUUAGAUGGAAAACUACAGUGGGGUGAUCAGUCAUGUUAUUUUUGGCGGCCUGUUUUAAUUAGUCGACUAAAACUCUGAGCAUUUUAGUCGAGUUUUAGUCAGAAUGACCCAUGACUGUUUAAGUCUAGUUUUAGUUGAUGAAAACUGAUAACAUUUUAAUCUAGUUUUAGUCUCUUUUUAGCAAUGUAAUUCUGUUUAACCCAGUUAAUAUAGUAUAAUUACCUAGUAAAGUAUAGAACAGAUAAAACCAAAUUUUUCUUUCACUCAAACCCAUUUCACAAAUCAAACAUGAUUAUCUUGCUAUUAAAUUAUUGUUUCCUUAUAGACUCAAGAAACUACACACGCGCUCUAGACACACGUUACAGGCACACACACAGGCUAGGUGAGACACAGGCUACACAUACACACGUCAAAAACCUCUUCGUCCGCUACAUGAAAAAAUACCACGAGUUAGGGGAUUGAGGAUGUGACGUCGCCUGCUGAGUCUGAGCAGGGAAACAGAAAACAACAACAACACGACUUAACAAUUUCGUCUCAUCUCGUAUUAGUCAUCGAAAAUGACGAGACAUUAUAGCAGAGUUUUUAUUUUGUGAACCACAUUUAGUCUUGUUUUUCUUCGUCAACAAUAUUGUGUUAUAUAUUUAGUUAUAGUUAUCGUCACAAGACCACCAUUUCGUCAUGUGAUAAAGGUUCGUUGAUGAUGACAUUUCGUUGACCAAAGCAACAUUAGUGAUCAGCGUGUUUCAUAAAGUUAAGUCUGGAGUAUUUUCACCAUCGUACCAGGACAGUUCUGACUCAGUCCAUCCUACAGGUGUUGGAUAAAACAACAAACUGCGUUCACAGUCAGUGUUUUUAGAAGUGAUACUGAGACCAUGCGGUGACUUCCACUCCAGAGUUAUGUCUUUUAUUAAAUGUAGCGCUGCCUGAGAACAUUCAGAAACGUUCGUCUCUGUUAACCUCGUUUCUGUAAUUCUUCUCAGGGCUCACUGGUUCCUGGUGGUGGUCUGUUUCCCCGGUCUGGAGGAGGUCCAGUACGUGGAGUUUCAGAGCCCAGCAGGUGAGCCGCUGCCGUGUGUUUAUUUCUUCUUCUACACUUCUUCUCCUCGCUGAUGUUGAACAGAGCCUCUGUAAUCCUCAUGAGAACGGUUCAUGUUGUUGAACGGCCUUCAGGGUCGCACACAGAGGUGGUUUCUGGGUAUUUGGGGCACUGGCACCUCGCCUGUGAGAAUUAAACUCCCCCAAAAAUUAAAGGAUUAAAUGUUCCAGACGUGAUUUUGUUCUGCUCUGCGCUCACUCCAACAUGUGGUGUCAGAGACGUCUUGGUUUGUCACUUUAUAUCUGCAUUGUUUAUAAUUGAAGGAGAAAGAGUGAUGACCUUACAUCCUGUUGAUCAUCCGUCUGACGCUCUGACAGCCUGAUUUCUCUCCGUCAACAUCUCUGUUUGGGCUCUGAAGUCUUUCCACUGAGCUGUUUUUCUUUAUUUCGCUCGAUGACUCACUCGCACGCGGAUGAAAAUGUCUGAGCAGUCAGAUUUUUGUGCACGGAGCAGUUUGAAACGGCUUUAAAGUCUUUGUGUGAUUAACGUACUGGAAGGUUUGACUGUCAUGUAACCGUAGAGACAUGCAGAUUUAUGUAACGCUCAGACCUGUCAGCCAUCGUAACCAAAAUAAAUCUGAAAUCCUGAUGAGUCUAAAUGUUUGUCGAGCAGGAUCCCUCAAAAGAUAAAACAUCUCUCUGUUUUUGUGGGAAACUUUGCUCCCACCUGUCAGAGGACUUCUGCGACAGAGACCCUGAGAGGUUUGAACUCAUGAUGAUUUGUGUUUUUCAGGUAGUUUGAAGGAACCUAAAGGAAAAUCCUCCCUCAGUCUGAGAUCUCAGCAUCCACCGGUGAGUUCACUCAUUCACACCGACACAAACCAACUCAGAGCUAAACCUGUAGUUUUUGUUCAGCAUUAAAGAGACUUUUCUUUAACACUCAGAACUCCGCUGGAUCGCCGGCAAUCCCACGUGACACCUUUUAAUAUUGUUUACAGUUUCUCAGGAACUAUACAGCGUAUCUCUAUGGGAUAAAAAGUGUUCAAAAGUUUACCCUUUUGGUGAUCUAUCGAGGGUUUCUAGACAUUUCUACACCUGCCACAAGGUUUACAAUCCAGCCACAAAAAUAGGUGUUUGAUCAGAGACGUUUGAUGGUAAAUCCGCAGUGAUAUACCGGUGAGAACAUGAUUAUUUAUCAUAUUGUUGUGAUAAAAAAAGAUCUCUAUCGCUUAACGCCGCUAACAUCUUCCGGGUUUGACAAGCUGUUUUGAUGACGCCUUUUUCUGUCAAACUUUCGACCAAUUACAUGGUCUCAUAUUCUUUUUCUAUUGUUCCCUUGACAGAAAGUAAUAAUAAUAAUAAUAAUAAUAAUAAUAAUAAACUUUAUUUGUAUAGCACCUUCCAUGACAUGAGAUGCAGCUCAAAGUGCUUCACAGAUCAGGAACAAAGCACAAGUGCUUUACAGAGAAGGUAAAUGAUUGGCAAUAAAACAAUAAAAUUAACAAUAGAAACAAUAAAAUUAGCAAUAAAAAUACAAUAAAAAUAAGCAGAAAAUAAAUGCUGAAACAUAAUACAACAUUAUAAUAAUAGCAAACAGUGCAGACAUGAUGAAAUAAAAGCGAGAGUGAAGACAUAGGUUUUAAGCUGUGUUUUAAAAUUAUCAACAGAGGUUGCCUGUCUUAUGCAAACUGGGAGUUAGUUCCAUGCUGUGGGUCCAUAGAAGCAGAAUGCUGCUUCUCCAUGUUUUUUAUACGCCAUUUUAGGUACUUCAAGCAGGUCAGCACUGGAUGACCUAAGAGAGCGGUUUGGAACAUAUCUAGGUAGACAGUCAACUAGGUAGGAGGGUGCCAGACCAUUGAGAGUUUUAUAAACUAGUAAAAGAAUUUGCAGACAAGUUUCCUGCUUGUCUGCAAAAUCAGAAAUAAUGGUCCUCAAUGUUUGGAAACAAGCAAAGAAGAGAUUCUGAGCAGUAUGAUGUGGUCCUCUGUCUCAUCCCAGACAGGAACUGCGGCAUAAACAAUUGUAAAUAGUAAGAAACGCCUGGAAGAAUUAGAGUAAAUAUGUAAAUAGUUUCUGUUGUGUGUUUGUUCCAAUCCCAAUAUUUCUUCUCCUGAUUGCUAAGACUUAACAGAAUGAUGCGUAGGUGAGAAAAGGCUUGGUCACUGUAGAUUUGUGUUUUUUGUGCAAAGUCCUGUUGGUAUCAAUUUCAGUUUUUGUUUUUUGGUUGACGUUGAUGGUUCUGAAUCUACUGUCACACUCAUUUUACAUCAUUUUUGCACCCUUAAACUGACAGCUGAGGUUGUCCUGAAAAAAAAGAUGUGUGUAUAUAUUUGCUGUGCUUGAAAGGAUCGAGUUGCCACAUAGAUUUUUACAUAAAAAAAAAACAAAACAAAAAAACGCAAACCAAAAAUAGCUAGAUAUAUCUGGGAGUUCUAAGGGUUAAAAGUAGAAAUGAACCACAGCUACAUAAAGUGUUGGAGUUUGUUUUUCUGUGUAAUCCGACCUCUUCUCUUCGUUUGCAGGAUUGUACCGAGCAGGGCAGACAGAGAGGCUCAGUCAUAAGGAGGUGAGUCCAAACAAACUCACCUGAACAUGAGUUCACUUUGACCCGACGCGUCUCAGGUCAGCUGGUAUUUAUAGAUUUCCUGACACACGGUUUCUCUGUUCCCUCCAGGCCAUGCAUACUGGUCAUGGACUCUCUGAAGCUGUCGUACCGAGAGAACGUCUGCAGACUCCUCCGAGAGUGAGUUUGAGCUCCAGAUGGAGGACUUUUGAGGGGGUCCAAAUAUCACUCUUUAUUGAUGCUCACAUUGAACUCCAGUCUUUGUUUUAAAAACGAUUAACUCAAAAACUGCACAUGACUGUGUUUUUGUCUCACCUGUGUAGCUACCUGCAGGUGGAGUGGGAGGUCCGGAGGGGGACGCCUCGUCUCUUCACGUCUGACAGCAUGAGGAGCUCAAGCUGCAAAGUCCCUCAGCAGGACAACAGCAGUGACUGCGGCCUGUACCUGCUGCAGUAUGUCGAGAGCUUCCUGCAGGUAUGCAUGCACUCAGAGUUCACGGAUAAGAGUUAAAAAUCAGCCGUAGAAAAGAGAAAACCUGCUCUGUGUUAUUUUGACCGUUCCUUUUUGAAGAUUACUCCUGAUUGAGCUCUUUGAUUGGCUUUCCCAGAACCCCGCGGUGCACUUUGACCUCCCGUUGCACUUGAACAGUUGGUUUCCGCGACAAAGAGUGCGAGAGAAGCGGGAGGAGAUCCGGAGUCUGAUAAUGACGAUGCACAAGAGUCAGACUGAACAAACGUGAAACAACCAGGACCAAAAACUCUCACCGAGCCGCUAACUCACCUGUGCAAUAAAUAAUUUAUACUUUUCCUUUAGAUUUAGUUUGAUCUGAGUGUGUCUGUCAAACGAGUUUCUUUUAAUAAAGUGUCUUUAAUAAUCCUCAAUCUGAAACACACGUUUAUAAACUGAAGCUUUUACUUUUUGUUUUUUUUGUAACUUAAAAAAAAAGACUUUUGUGAUCCAACUGUUGUAAAAACUUAAAUGAUUAAAUGUGAAAUUCUUCCGUUU